CUUACUAAUAAUUGAUAUAUUUAAAUACGGAAAAUAUUUAUUAUUUAUUAUUUAUUAGAAAAAAGAAAAAGAAAAAAAGGAAAUUUUUAGAGAGACCGACUCCCUUCUUGUUUAUGAAUUAGGAAGAGGAGUUGCAGAGAAGAAAUUCGAAACCCUUUUACCACGUAUCUAUAUAUAUAUAUAUAUAUCUGUAUCUAUAUCAUCUUUCAGCAAAUCCUAUAUUUACUUUUCCUAGGUCCUUGAAUUUUGGCCGGAAUAUUUCUAGGGUUAAAAAUUCUGUUGAGAUUUUGUUUGAGAGGUGAUAGAAAGAAAAAAAUGGCGACGGAGGUUUUACAUUCCCGAGAUCUGUUAUCGGAGAGGUUCAGCGUCGCUCCGACGCCGUUUCAUCGCCGGAGGAAUUUGGCGAGCAGAAACGCAACGAGCUUAGCCUCGAACCGGAGACAACACAGGAAAGUUUCUCCCAAACACGAUAAUGGGAGCCGAUUCAGCGGCGACACCGCGGCGGCGAAGAAAUCGAGCCACGGCGGCGACAACGGCCUCGUCAUGGGGCAGGUGACGCUGUUGAGAAGGGGCGAGUCGUUGAGUUUGCUGACCGUUAAGGAGCCGGUUCAAAAUCCGGCAUAUCUCGAAAAGAUUCCGCCGAUCCGGGUGGUGGCGCCGUCGCCCGCCGCCGGGUACGCCGGAUCCGGCUGUUUCACGUCGCCGUCACCGAGAUCUGUGCCGCUACCUUCGUUUUUCAGCAAAAAAGAGCCGGAAAACUCCGAAGAUGGCGCCACCAGGGAUUUGAGGCGACUGCUUCGUCUCGAAUGAUUCCACCACCGUCCAAUCGGAAGGGUAAUUUGGGGAAUUCGCUUUCUGGGCUGAGAAUUCCAUGGAUCUAUCUGUAUCCCAAUCCGUAGAUAUUUUUUCAACAAUACGGAUUGAAAAAAAAAAGGUACACAAGAUUCUUUUGAAAUUCUGAGCAAAAAUGCGAGGCGAAUCAGUCAAGGGUAGUAUUUAAUUUAAUAUUAAUCACUUGUUUGUAUUGGGGGAUUGAUUAAUUCUUACACCUGUUCAUGUAUAAACUAAAUUAGUAGAGUUAAUUAAUUAUCAUAGUAAUUUUUAGAGAGGGGUUACAGAAAUUGUUUGAUGCUGUCUGAGUAUCAUCAUCAUCAUAAGCUAUUGUUGUAAGCCCAGUUGUUUCUUGUAUUUUCUGUCAUAAAAUUAAUAAUAAUAAUAUUAUCGUAUUUUAGUAA